AUGCCUGCUGUCAACUCCAAACAAGGAUCAUCGUUUAAUCCCUUUACUGCAAAAUGGAAAAAUUGGUGGGUUCGUACAUUCUGGACCGUCAUUAUGAUUUCCGGGUUUAUCAGUAUUUUAAUGGCCGGCCAUGCUUGGGUUAUUGCUCUUGUCACGGUCAUUCAGACUAUUGUCUAUCGUGAAGUGAUCUCCAUCGGUGUUCAGCCAUCCAAGGAGCGUCAUCUGCCAUGGUUUAGAUCCCUACAUUGGUAUUUUCUCGGAUCCACAAACUAUUUUCUUUAUGGCGAAUCUCUCAUCCAUUAUUUCAAGCCGGUCGUCUUUGUUGAUGCAUUCUUGAUGCCUCUUGCUAAUCAUCAUAGGUUUAUUUCGUUUUUGCUCUACUGCCUUGGCUUGGUCAACUUUGUACUUAAUUUGAAAAAAGGAAACUACAAGUUUCAGUUUUCUCAUUUCUGCUGGACUCACAUGGCUUUGCUGCUGGUAGCUGUGCAAUCUCAUUUUAUAGUUAAUAAUAUAUUUGAAGGUCUAAUCUGGUUUGUGCUCCCUGUUUCGCUCGUUAUUUGCAACGAUAUCAUGGCGUACAUUUGUGGUUUCUUUUGGGGACGCACUCCGCUUAUUCGACUGUCACCCAAAAAAACCUGGGAAGGCUUUAUUGGCGGAUUCAUCAUCACCUUUAUAUUUGCCUUUUUUAUAUCUGCUGUAUUGGCAUCGGGAUCCUACAUGACGUGCCCAAUGAAAAACUUUCAAACGAAUAUGAAUUCCGGCCACACUUGUCCUGUCAACCCUGUCUUUGUCAGCCGCGACAUGUAUAUUUUCCCUGCAGUGACUGGGCUGAUCCGAUGGCUGUCUAUGCCUAUUACUAUUCUCUUACCUUCAAUCAUGCCAGCUCCACUUGUCAUUCGAUCCUUUUCCAUCAUGCCAUUACAGUUUCAUGCUCUCCUUCUUGCGUGUUUUGCAUCUCUUAUUGCUCCUUUUGGCGGCUUCUUUGCAUCUGGAGUAAAGCGCGCUUUCAAGAUCAAGGACUUUGGCGACUCGAUUCCUGGCCACGGCGGUUUAACAGAUCGUAUGGACUGCCAAUUUAUCAUGGGAGUGUUUAGCUUCAUUUACUUUCAAAGUUUUAUAGGCACGACGGGUGUCACUGUUGGAACUGUAUUGCAAUCGGCCGUGUCCUAUUUGUCUAUUGCAGAUCAAGUGGAACUUCAUCGUCGAUUGACUCAGUACCUUGCUGGGCAAGGCGUUGAUGUAUAA